AUGACAAAUGAAACCAUCGCUGGCUUACCCAUUCCGYAAAUUGACUUCAACUCACCUGAAGCACCUCAAUCGUUCAAAAAAUUCAAAGCAAAGUGUUCUCUCAUUUUUGAUGGCCCUUUUAAAGAGAAAACGGAGGCCGAAAAGAUCAACUAUGACGGCAUCGAACUCUCAUCAACAUGGACUCUAACUGAAGAAGAAAAGGGAAAACUCGAAACAUACUGGAAGAAAUUUGAAGAGUACAUUGUGCCAAAAAGCAACUUUAGACUUUCAAGAUUCAAACUACGAUCUAUGACACAAGGUAUCGAUGAAUCAGUAGAUUCCUUUGUCAAGAGACUGCGAAUAUUGGUCAAGGAAUGCCAGUUUGAAAAACCUAAUGAGCACCUUAUUGAUGCACUGAUCUUUGGAACUAAUUCUGACCAGGUUCGGUCAAAAUUAUUGAAAGAAUUAACCAUAACACUGGAUAAAGCAAUAGAUAUAGCUCGUACAGAAGAAGCAACUAAGAAGCAAGUUCAGGGGAUGAACUUAGCAGUAACAGAUGCAGCACAACUCCACGUUAUAAACAAACAAAAACCAGACGCGCCUAAAAGCUCAAGACAAACAACUGAAAGAAAUAUCACAAGGAAAACAGAUUCUGCCAAGAAAAAAUGCUGGAACUGUGGGUUGUUGACCCAUGAUAUCUCAAAAAGGGAAAACUGUCCUGCCUUUAAUACAUAUUGUCACUCUUGCAAUCGCCUUCAUCACUGGUCUAGUCAAUGCCGCUCCAAAAACAGUGCAUCCUCACAACCCAAAGCAAGUUUCAAGCAGGACAUCAAUACAAUUACAGAAAGAACAAAGUGACAAUACACAACUUUACUUUAGCCCUUUGAUUGUAAAUAACAUUAACCAGGCAUCCUCAGCUGAGGCAAUUACAACUGUUAACAUCAAUGACAAGCCUGUAGUCUGUAAGAUAGACAGUGGGGCUGAAGGCAAUGUCACGCCACUAUCAACAUAUGUCACAUUGUUUCAAGAGGUUGAAAUAACAGACAGUUCUACGCCCAUUAUGGCAUAUGGAGGAAACAGUAUAAAAAACUAUGGUAAAUGCAAUAUGAGUGUUGCAUAUGAUGACACACAUAUACAGACUGUAUUCCACAUUGUAGUCACAAGGACCUGCCAUACUCGGUCUACAGUCAUGUCAAGAUUUAAAGCUUAUUACUCUCCACUGUAGUCUAAAUUACAAAGUUAGUUCUACAGAUGAACCAAAGCUGAUGACAAAACCAAAGGGAGAUCCAAAAGCAACCAAGGAACUCUUUGAUAAUUACAGCAGUUGCUUCGAUGGAAUAGGAUGUUUUGAGGGUGAAUAYCACAUAGUGCUUGA